AUGUCAGCUGCACAAAAACGUCUUGGGCAAGUUUCCGGCCAUUUGGCUGGAUCACAAAGCACUAUUGCACCCACAGAGGGUGAUAGUGGCCGCGCGAAGCUCUUGGAGAAGCAUCCAGAUGAUAUUGUCGUAACAGCUUGUCUGCGAACCGCGUUUACAAAGGGUGGCAAAGGAGGCUUCAAAGAUACAGCAGCAGCAGAUUUACUCGUUGGCGCAUUUAAAUCUCUCAUUGAACGAUCGAAAAUCGACCCGGGGCUAGUUGAAGAUAUCGCUGUUGGAUCGGUCCUUCCUCCUGGAGGUGGAGCUACUGAAUUCCGAGCCGCCGCUUUAGCUGCAGGAUUUCCUGUAUCUGCAGCAGUCAAGAGUUUGAAUAGACAAUGUUCAUCUGGUUUACAAGCCUGUGUGGAUAUAGCAAAUGCCAUCAAGUCCGGCAUGAUUGAUAUUGGUGUUGGUGCAGGUGUCGAAAGCAUGAGUUUGCAAUAUGGACCUGGUGCAGUAACAGAAUUCUCUGAACUCCUCGAGUCCCACCCAGAAUCUGCGAACUGCAAAGUGCCUAUGGGCGUUCUUUCCGAGAACAUGGCCAAAGACAAGGGAAUUCCACGUUCCCUACAAGACGCAUUUGCGGCUUCAUCAUACCAAAAGGCACUCAAGGCUCAACAAGAGGGUCUCUUUGAUGAGGAGAUUGCUCCUCUGACUGUCAAAUGGGAAGACCCAAAAACUGGCGAAACAAAGGACAUCACUGUUGCCAAAGAUGAUGGUGUUAGACCAGGUAUCACCGCUGAGAGCUUAGGCAAAAUCAAGCCUGCUUUUGCCAAGGACGGUAGUAUUCAUGCCGGAAAUGCUUCUCAAAUUUCAGAUGGAGCUGCCGCAGUUCUUUUGAUGAAGCGUUCCACAGCCGAGAAACUCGGUCAAACCAUCCUUGGUAAAUACGUUGCCGCAUCUAUUGCGGGUGUAGCUCCUUUACUUAUGGGUAUCGGUCCUUGGGCUGCUAUCCCAAAGGUAUUCGAAAAGACCGGCAUCAAUAAGGAUGAUGUGGAUAUUUUCGAGAUCAAUGAAGCAUUCGCAAGUCAAUGUCUUUGGUGCGCAAAUGAGUUAGGACUCGACCAGAAGAAGAUCAAUCCAAAGGGUGGUGCGAUUGCUUUCGGACAUCCUCUCGGAUGUACCGGAGCUAGACAAGUCAGCACAUUAUUAUAUGAGUUGAGAAGAACGAAUCAAAAAGUUGGCGUAACUAGUAUGUGUGUGGGUACUGGUAUGGGUAUGGCUGCUGUUUGGGUCGCUGAGUAA